AUGCUCCUCCAAGUCGCCGAGUAUGUCCCCGCCUUGGCACAACCAUGGAUAUACAACUCUUCGCCAACGAUUACCAACGCACGUACCGAUACUUCUGCAUCUCCAUGGAUGUCCUGGUACUCCAGCAUUUUUGAGGGAUUUUGGCGAACGAGGACCGAGAUUUGUGCUUCACGAACUGCGAAGAAAGCCGUUGAAAUUGAGUUGUAUCAUGAGCUCGGCUCUCACCUCGCUAACUUAACUUGCAUGGGGCUUCCUUCCCCGGAGAUUAUUGUGUUGAGUGAAGAUGAGGGCCAAAGCCUCCAGAAGCCUCAUGUUUGGUCAUCGACCGAGCGUAGAAGCUUCAUGUGGAGUGAGAUUGCGGUUGAGAUUUAUGAUUUGAUGGAGGGCGAUUGGGUAUGGCCUCAGUUUUGUCAAGGUGAUGCUACUCCAUCAGGGUGUGCUGUUGGAGGGCAUGAUGGGAGUCCAAGGUAUUCCGGAGUGGUUAUAGUGAACACAAAUGAACACCGAGGUAGGGUUGGAAACUCAUAUAGGCCCGAAAAACUACGGGCAGGAGUAGAAUUGAAUAUGACUUGCCGGAUACAAAUAACCUUUCUUCGGCCCGGUACCACGCCAGAGCCGCCUCCGCGACCGCAAGCCAGGUUAUGCAGAGCGCACUGGUCAUUUAUUUUCCUUCGGACCGAGUGUUGUAUUAUCGGUGUAAUUGCUUUCUUGAUCCAAUUUUUUGAUAAAAUGGAUUUGAAGGCGCAAUGCCCCACAUCCAUCUCGAAAAUGCCAAGACGGAAGCAAGUGAUCGGGGAAGGGCUCAACACCGGCGCGUUUCUUUUAGGUCACAUGGACGGUAACGAGGGCUCAAUAAGAACAUUCUCCUGCCUGAUAUUUGAAAUUCCCAUCAAGAUAUUCUCAAAGCAUUACAUGCCUUUGAUGGCCUUUUGUGGGUCCAGCCGCAUUCGAGUUUCGGAUGUAAGUAACGUCGAAGCCAGCGCCCUCACCUUCUCCCCAAUACUGCACGCCAUCAGAGUGAAUAUGGUAUUCCCACAACCGUUAAUGGGAAUGACUUCUAAUCAAGAGCUUAGAUCCUCACAUAUAUUUGUGGGCCCAGACGUCACCGAAACAACCUCUUACACCGUACUCGUCAGCCCACCGUCAAACCCACAUCCCUCUAUAUCCCAUAUAUCCCUCCCCAGAUACUACGAACUAUUCCCAUACCUAACCGCCUCUUCUUGA